UGGUCGGGAGGAGGAGUUGUGUUUUUUGUUCUGUUAUUUUUAACGGUUUGUUGACAAUAAUUUUAUAUUCGUUAAAAUUAAAUAGUGUGUGAACAGUUAUUUAUUGUUGUGGUGGAUUGUAAAGUGAAUUAAUAACAAUGGCGAUGCAGCCAGAAGUCGGUGUACCCGACUUCGUCCUGUUGGACAACUUGACCACCGAUACCUUUAUCCAAAAUUUGCAAUUGAGGUUUCAACACAACAAAAUCUACACGUACAUUGGCGAGGUGCUGGUCUCCGUGAACCCGUACAAGAACCUCGACAUCUACAGCAUGCAGCACAUGGCUCAGUAUAGAGGCCGGGAGAUGUUCGAGGUCACACCACACGUCUAUGCCGUUGCUGACGCUUGCCAAAGGGUUCUUAGGCAGCAGGGUAAAGACACAUGCGUGCUAAUAUCAGGAGAGUCAGGGUCAGGGAAGACGGAGGCAUCCAAGUUCAUAAUGAAGUACAUCGCGGCUAACACAACACAAGUUCACAGGGAUUAUAUUGACAGGGUGAAAAAUGUACUAAUCCAAUCAAAUUCUAUAUUGGAAACGUUUGGUAAUGCGAAGACGAAUCGUAACGGGAACUCGUCACGUUUCGGCAAGUACAUGGAUAUCCACUUCGACUACAAAGGUGACCCCGUGGGAGGACAUAUCAGCAACUACCUGCUGGAGAAGAGCAGAGUGGUGUCCUUACAACCAGGGGAGAGGAACUUCCAUGCGUUUUAUCAGCUACUAAGCACAAACAACGCGACGACAAAGAAGUAUGGAUUGUCAUCCAGUGCAGUAUACCAGAUACUUGGCAAUGAGCGGGCCACGGCACAGGACUCGAAGCUGUUCAAUCAGACGAACUCUGCGUUCACUGCGCUCGGGUUCACAAACUCUGUGCUCGAUGAUAUAUGGAGUAUUGUGGCUGGAGUUAUUCUCUUGGGCGAGUUAACGUUCACAGAGUCCCAAGACGGGCAGCUAGUGAUGGGCGGUCCAGUGAAGCAGUGCACGAGUGCGCUGGGAGUGUCGGAGCAGGCACUGCGCUCCUCCAUGGCCGGCAGGGUGCUGUCUGCCGGAGGAGACCUCGUCAACAAGGAACAUUCCUUGAUGGAUGCCAACUAUACGAGGCUGGCGUUGGCAAAAGCUGCUUAUGAUAGACUGUUUACUUGGAUUGUGCAACAGAUAAACAAAGCGAUAGACGUCCCGAGCGGGACCUAUAAGAGCACUCUGAUAGGCGUACUCGAUAUCUACGGGUUUGAGAUAUUCGAGACCAACAGCUUCGAGCAGUUCUGUAUCAACUACUGUAACGAGAAGCUGCAACAGCUCUUUAUUGAGCUGGUGCUGAAGCAGGAGCAGGAGGAGUAUGCCCGCGAGGGUAUCCAGUGGACUCCGAUCCAGUACUUCAACAACCGCGUCAUUUGUGAACUAGUGGACGCGCCGCACCAGGGACUCAUCGCCAUCAUGGACGAGGCCUGCCUCAACCCCACCAAGAUAUCAGACAAACAGUUACUGGAAGCAAUGGACAGGAGACUGAACGGCCACAAACACUACACGUCGCGACAACUCGCGCCCACAGACAAGAAACUCAAACAUGGCGUCGACUUCAGAAUUACUCACUACGCAGGCGACGUGACGUACGCUAUAACGGGCUUCAUGGACAAGAACAAGGACUCUCUGUGGCAGGACCUCAAGCGUCUCCUGCACUCCUCGCAGAACGCGUCGCUCGCAGACAUGUGGCCCGAGGGAGGCACUCAUAUACAGAAGACGUCAAAGCGUCCUCCUUCAGCGGCGACAUUGUUCCGCAACUCUAUGUCUGCGCUAGUGACCGGCCUACAGAGCAAGGAACCGUUCUACGUGCGGUGUGUCAAACCCAACCCGUACCAGGCUCCUACCAACUGGGAUGAUCAACUGGUUCGUCACCAAGUAGCGUAUCUAGGCUUGGUAGAGAACGUACGCGUCCGACGUGCUGGGUUCGCGUCCCGACAGAGGUACGACCGGUUCCUGAAGCGAUACAAGAUGCUAUCUCAGUACACAUGGCCCAAUUUCCGCGGGAACUCGGACAAGGACGCUGUCAUGGUGCUACUGAGGGAUCUACAUGUUACUGACGUACAGUUUGGACAUACUAAACUGUUCAUUAGGAGCGCAAAAACCCUGCAUGGUUUGGAAGCAGCUCGCGCGGAGUUGAUCCCGUCCAUCGUCAUACUGCUGCAGAAACUGUGGCGAGGGACUCUAGCCAGGAUGCGGUACAAGAAGAUGAAGGCUGCCUAUACUAUAUACAAUGCUUGGAAACGCUACCGCCUCCGCUGCUACAUCGCGGCGUUGCAGCAGGAACUGCAGCGCAACCGCAACGUGAUCCGGUCGUGGCCGCCCCCCCCGCGGCGCCUGCCGGCCGCGCUGCUGCAGGCCGCCUACCGGCGCUGGCGGGCCUACCUCACGCUCAAACCGGUGCCGCGCGACCAGUGGCCGCAACUCAAGAUGAAGAUUUGUGCCGCUUCAGCUCUAAAAGGUCGUCGCGCCCAGUGGGGACAAAAUAGACAGUGGUUGGGAGACUACCUUGCUGAUAAUAAGUACAAUCCUAAGGCUGCGACAUACCAGUCCCAGCUAUCAUCCCUCCAAAGGUCCCAGCAGGUGGGUCGCGCCAUGUUCUCGUGCCGAGUUCACAAGUUCAACAGAUACAACAAACUGGCCGAGCGAUGUCUGCUCGUCACUGACUCGCAUAUCUUCAAACUAGAUGCCAACACAUUCAAACCGUUGAAAAAACCUACUGCUAUAACUGAGGUUGGAGCUAUCCGUAUAAUGAGCACAGAUGUCCAGCUAGUAGUGAUUAGCAUUCCAUCUGCCAAGAACGACCUCGUCGUGGGGCUAGUGGCCCCAGUGGUCAACCAAACUGGAGCGCCCGGGGACUUGGUCGGAGAACUACUGGGUGUCAUGGCUAAUAGAUAUAACAUGUUGACGGGACAAGAACUAGUGGUGGAGGUAGAGAGCGGCGCGACGACGCGGUGUACGCUGGGCGGCAAGACGCGCGCCGUGCAGCUGCCCGCGCCGGCCGCGGCGGUGGCGGCGCCGGCCGCGCAGCCCUUCACGCACGCGCACAACGUCAUCACCUACCACCCCGCCUCCGCGCGCGCCUAGCACUCGCCCGCCGGCGGGGACUCCAGCGACGAACACGACUGAACUAGGUAUUCCUUCACUUGAAUUAUUGCGCAAGUUGCGUUAGUAAUGCGCAUCUCUGUUUGAUCUUGCGCUAAAUAAUUUCAAUAAAAAUUGUGGUCUAAGAAAUGUUACCAUACACUUUGGUGUUUAAAAGGAAUGGAUCCUAGAAAUCGUGUCGUGGGUAAAGUGCUCUAGCCAAAACUUUAAUGAAAAUUUAUAUUUAACAAAUAUAAAAAGUGAGUUUAUGAGAGUGCUUUUUAACUGGAGUCAUAUAACACUGUUAUGUAACCACAGAAUGUAUAAAACAAAGUUGUAUUUGAUGUGCAACAUGGUUAUUGUAAUUCAAUUUGUUGCGCAACAUUUCUAGAUUCAGACAUCCAUGUAAUUCUUUUAUUCAGCUUUGCGCAAUGGAAGUCAAGAAGAAAUAUUGCCAGUACUGGUUGUUUAAUCCUGGUUGCGCAAACAGUUGGUUUGUUGCGCAAUAGAUUAAACUUAACAAGCAAGUUUUUGUUUUUAUAAUAACUAUCAUGAAACAAACUAAAUUAACUAAAACCGCGGGUUACUACGGCUACGCGGCGACGUUAGUGAGCUGUACGACGUCGCCGCGUCCUCAUGAGGAAGAACCGCUCUGUGGUUCGAAACUAGUAGAGAUUUUCUCAGUAUAUUCACGUGAGUAACCCGCGAUUUUAGUUAAUUGAGCAAGUUUUUGUUAUUCUAUUUACGUAAAGUUUAUAGAAAAAAUGUUGUUUAUUAUGGUACCUAGUGACUUAUUAGAGGUUAGAGUGAGAAAGGCAUAUUUGUAGUUAUUAUACUAUUUAAUAGUCAAAUAGCUUUUAAAUUAAUGUUUGUUAUAUCAGCAGUAUACAAUACAUAAUUAUUAUCACAUUUUAUUAUGUUUAAAGUUGAAAGUAAUGAAAAGAAUCCUUGUUAAUAGUGCUAUGGAGUUUCAAGUGAUUUCUAAGUGAGGAAUUUUAUACGGAUUUUACAACAUACAUGCCUUCAUAAA